UGCAGAUUUGAUGAUAUGAAUGGAAUGGAUACAUACAAGUCUGUCCUUCACGCACACCACACGUGACAGACAGGCACGUGCGCAUGCAGAUGGAGAGAGAGAUGCAUCAUAGCAGUCCGACAGACACACCACAGCAGCUCACACACGAUAGAUAGAUAGAUAGACAGAUAGAUAGCCUGACGUCGUCAAGCGAGAGAGAGAGACAGCCAAAAAUCAAUCACACACGCUGUCCCCCCGCACCUGCGCGACUACAAUACGACGCACGUCGACCGACGUGUGCAGGCACACAACACAUGGCUGUACAUCAUCUGUCUGGACACGGACGAGCAUGACUAAGCAGCAUGGAAGCAUGAAACCCCACUGAGGAGGAUCAGAUGGAUGGACGGAUGGACGGAUGGGCCGGAUGGACACACAUGACAGGAAGGAAGAACACACCAACGCGGGAAAAAUGGUGAUAUAUGCGAUCGAUGCCCUCACUGAAUGCCGCUCAGCCCCCGAAGUGGGAAGUGACCUAGACAUGUAUGUAUGUAUCUCUCUCUAUGGUACACAAGAUAGAGUCUCUCUGUUAGCUGCGAUCGGAUCGGCCCGUCGGGCAGCCACACACGCUGUCAUGUCAGCGUGGAGAUACAAACAAACGGGCAGGCAACACAUACAUACAUACAUAAAGGCAUAUCUACCUACCCUACCUAGUCACUCAUCCAGUCACCCAGGCAUAGUGAGUCGACAAAUAGAUCGAUCAGCCCCCCCCCCCCCCCCCCCGUCCCCGGCCAUCGGCCAUGGAUCAAUCAUGACCAUGUCAUGCGCUGAUCUUGGACCGCUCAGCCGCUUCCCCGCCCCCGCCCUCCUCGCCCCCAUCGCUCUCUUUCCUGCGUUUCUUCCUCUUGCCCUUGUCGCCGUCCUUGCGCACCUGCUGCUUCGAGGCCUUCCCAUUCUCGCCAUGCUGGACCGCUGCUGCCACGGCUGCUGGCGGCGGUGUGCCACUGACGGCGGGUGCGUCAGAGGCUGCGGCUGUGCCACCGCCACCCUCCUCGUCCCUCAUGCGUGUGACGAUAAGAUAGUCCUCCACAUUGCGCCUCCUGCCGUCCCUCCACUCAUCCUGCCCGCCGCCCUCCCUCUCCAAAUCGGCCCUCUCCUCGUCUGUCAGCCUCUCCCAUGCAGCAGGGUCCGAGUGCGGCGAUAUCACCACUAUCAGCACACGGGGGUUCCACCCGUCAUGGGUACACGGUGGAGGCGCGCACGAGCAUGGGAGCGGUGUGGGAGGGGCCGAUGGUGCGGAUGCAUCGCCGGGCUGUGCCUGUGCGUGCAUGUUGUCCAGGGAUGGAGGAGGAGCGGUACUCGGGCCGGAGGCGAAGCGCGAGAGGUGUUCCGGGAUGCCUAGGCCCUCCUCGCAAUGGAACUUGCCGUUGAUGUGCAAGAUCAGGGCGUCCCUAUUGUGCUGUCCAUACUGCGAAAUGCUCCACGCCAUCGUCGCAUCCCUGCACACACAGACACACACACAGAAUGCAACCACGAUCAUGCAGUGCAUGUAAUGUGGCCGGUUCUCUUUUUUCACUCCUCUCGCCCACCCCACCCACCAUAAAUUCUGCACAGCCAGGAGUCGUGCGAGUGUCCUGAGUAUGCCCCCUCCACUGUCGUCAGCGCCGCCCACUGCCCCGUGCAUCCCCAUGUGUGCGACAAACUUCUGGAUGUAAGCUUCCGACGCCGGCAGGAUCAUCCCCAGUGGCGGCAGCCAGCCAAGGAACGGCCAGGCCUCGUCCGUGGCGUGGGUGGAGGGGUGCUGCUGGUGCUGAUGGAGGCUGGCCAUGCCCUGUUUUUUGACCAGGCGGGCGACCUCUGUGGGGGUGUUGGUGCCGAUGACACGCACCUCGUGUGAGCGUGCGAAUGAGAUGAGGGGCUGGUAGUCUGAGUAGUUGAUGGGGAGGGUGGCGUCGUUGUCCUUGAUGAACUCCUCCUCUGUGAGGUAGCCGUUCAUGUAGCUGUCCAGGUCACACUGCAGGUCUCGCGACAGAAACUCUAGACUAAAUGAGGGCAACGAACGAACAGGGCAACGAACAUCCAUAAUGAAUGGUUUCUAUCGACCAGUCGACACAUCAGAUCAGCAGGCAUCGUUUUGUGGUGUGGUGCAUACAUACCCGAGGCAGACGGGCCGUUGUCUGCUGGCACAGUCGGACACGACCUCCCUCAAAAGCUGCAGCUCUAUGCUGUGGGCCGCUUCGUCAUCAUGUGUUUCGCCUGCACGACACAGACACAGGCGCACACAGCAAUAAAUGCAGGACCUUGCCCCUGAUCAGAAUGUAUCAGCCAUGGCAGCCUGAACUCACUGGUUAGGUGACCUACCUAUGAGGACGACAUCCGACUGUAGAGCGCUCUUGACCACCCUCUCAAGCGAAGACACGCCGCCAGCGUUGUCAUACACGAUGUAGCUCCACCUUGGGGGCGCCUCUCGCCCCGCAUCUGGCUGGCCAAUGGGAGGCUGAUGAGCUGAGGCAGCUGCAGAGCAUCUGGCUGGUCUGCGGGCGCUCUGAUGCAGCGACAAGGAAGCCAGGGGAACAAAAGGAGGAAGGACGCUGCGGAAGAUGCCAGACGCCAUCAACGUCGGUCGUUUCGGCUCCCCAGAUCCUCUCCCAGCGACGCCAAACCCCCUUAUCCCAAACCCCUC